UAUUGUGUUAUCAGUGUGUAGUCAUCAAAGGCAAAUCAUUGGUCUUUCUGUCUCUCUCUCUCUCUCUCUAGCUUUCUCUCUCUUCAUUCCUGGUAAGAAUAGAAGACAAAGGAGUUAUCUUUAUCUCUAGCUUCCCCCCCUCUCUUCAUUCCUGGUAAGAGGGGGAAGACAGGUUCCAUUUUAGAAGAUGGACAUGGAGAAUGGUGCAGAUAAGGCAAUAAUGGACCACCAACAACUGCAACGAGAAGAAGAAGCUCCACCCAGAAGAAAAAAGGGUGGCCUUAUAACCAUGCCAUUCAUCAUAGCAAACGAAGCAUUGGAGAAGGUUGCAAGUUACGGACUGUCUGCAAACAUGAUAUUGUAUGUGAUGGGAGACUAUCACAUAGGGGUAACACAAGCCACAAACAUACUCUUCCUGUGGUCAGCUGCUACCAAUUUCUUGCCUCUUGUUGGGGCUUUCAUCUCUGAUUCUUAUCUGGGUCGCUACCUCACUAUUGGCCUUGGUUGUAUCGCCAGUCUCCUGGGUAUUGUAGUCCUUUGGUUGACUGCUAUGAUCCCACAAGCAAGGCCUCCCCAUUGCAAUCUGUACAAGGAGAGCUGCAAAUCGCCGAGUUCAGCCCAGUAUGCUAUUCUUCUUGGUUCUUUUGCCCUCAUGUCUAUUGGAGCCGGUGGCAUUAGACCGUGUUCUAUAGCAUUCGGAGCAGAUCAAGUGGACAAUAGAGCUGGUCGCCAGAACGAGAACAACAGGGUUUUAGAGAAAUUCUUUAGCUGGUACUACGCUGCAACUGCUGUUGCAGUCUUGGUUGCUUUCACCGUCAUUGUUUACCUUCAAGAUCAUACCGGUUGGAAAAUAGGGUUUGGAAUCCCGGCAAUCCUCAUGUUCUUGUCUGCUCUCUCGUUCUUCCUCGCUUCCCCUUUUUAUAUCAAGCAAAAAGCUACCUCGAGCUUGUUUACUAGUCUUGUGCAAGUGAUGGUGGUUUCUUUCAAGAACAGAAGGGUAGCAUUCCCAUCUCAGACCUCGAUUUUGAGGUAUCAUAACAAGGACUCAACGCUGUCAGAGCCAACUAAUAAACUUGGGUUCUUAAACAAAGCUUGCAUCAUCAGAAACCCCGAGGACCUAACACCAGACGGAGCAGCCUCGAAUCCAUGGAAGCUCUGCACUGUAGAACAAGUUGAAGAACUCAAAUCACUCGUCAGAGUCAUGCCAUUGUGGUCUUCAGCUAUCAUGAUGUCAAUAAACGUAAGCCAAGGUUCAUUUCAAUUACUCCAAGCUAAAUCCAUGGAUCGACACGUAACCUCCAGCUUCUCAAUCCCAGCAGGCUCGUUCGGCAUGUUCACAAUCGCCGGCGCAGUACUUUGGAUCGUUACCUACGAUCGUGUGAUCCUUCCCUUAUCAUCGAAAAUCAGAGGAAAACCUGCUCGCGUUGGCUUAAAAACGAGAAUGGGUCUAGGCCUAUUUUGCUCUUUCCUAGCUAUGGCGGUUGCAGCAACCGUAGAGCAUUUUCGAAAAAGAAAGGCAAUAGAGAGCGGGUUUUUGAACAACCCGCUAGGAGUGAUUCCUAUGUCGGCUAUGUUUCUCGUGCCACAACAUCUCUUGAACGGUAUGGCUGAGGCGUUCAAUGCAGUUGCCCAAAACGAGUUCUUUUACUCUGAAUUACCAAAGAAAAUGUCGAGCAUUGCUAUAUGCAUGGCUGGGCUUGGGCUGGCUGUGGGCAGCUUGUUAGCAAGUGUUGUAAUAAACACGGUGGAUAAACUAACGAGAAGAGGAGGGAAGGAGAGUUGGCUCUCGAAUAAUAUUAAUAAGGCCCAUUACGAGAGUUAUUAUUGGCUUCUGGCGAUUAUGAGUGCGAUCAAUAUAUUUUAUUUUCUUCUGUGUAGUUGGGCUUAUGGAUCAUGCUCGAGUGAAGGGUUUUUUACACAUAGACAUGAGGGGAAAGAUGUGGAGGAAGAAGAGAUGUCUAAGAUUGGGAAUGGAGAUAAUAAGGAGCUAGAAGAGAUGUCUAAGAUUGGGAAUGGAGAUAAAAAAGAAGUAGAAGAGAUGUCUAAGAUUGGGAAUGGAGAUAAUAAGGAACUAGAAGAGAAGUCUAAGAUUGGGAAUGGAGGUAACAAGAACGAAGGAAAAGAAUCCAAGGGAGAAGAGGUAUAGAGUUAUUAUUGUUUUACAUUUUGAGGAAUACCCAAUUGUGUUGUAGAUUUGUUGUAUGCCUAAAAAUAAAAAUUUGUGUUUGUAGUUUUGGGAUUGUCAUUCCUAAUAUCCAUCCAUUAUAGAGAUUUAUGCAAGUUGCUUUUACAAUUCUUUGUCUUGUGUGAAAUUUAUGAAAGAGAUGUGUAGGAAGAGUUAUCCUAUUUUGUGCUA